CCAGUUUGCAUAACCCAUCUCUCCGAUCACCACUCGGCGAACAACGGAGUUCCGUCGUCCCCAGCGAGCUUGUCUCCCUGCUAUUACGUUCUAACGAUAGAUAGUGCACAGAUAAGACGGAGGAGUGCGAGAUUGAGAAAUAAACAGAUAAUAGAGAGACAGAGAAAGAGCUGCGGAGGAAUAAGCACAAGAGCAAAGAAAGCAAAGAUUGAAGGAGCUGUAAAUCUGGAGGAGUUAAAAUGAAGAAUCACAGAACCACAAUUCCUGAAUCCAGCAAAAUCCAAUUUGAGGAGAGCGAUAGUGAACAAUCUUCUUCAAGUUCCUCAGAAGAUGAGGAGGAGAUAAAGCAGGAGCUGGCUGAUGUAACGUUUGAGGAGUUGCAGAAAGCACGGGCUAAUGGGUCACAUACAAUUUUUCAAAAGACUAACGUGGAGAAAAAGUCCAAGAGAUCCAACAAGAAUAGGCCAAUGGAGGUCAGUUGCAAGAAGCCCGUUCCUAUACUCAGAGAUGUUGUACAAGCUCCUAAGAAAGUUGUACGAGAUCCUAGAUUUGAAUCUCUGUGUGGUAAACUCGACCCUGAUGGGUUUAGGAAGCGAUAUAAUUUUUUAUUUCAAGGUGACCUUCCUGCUGAGAAACAGGCUUUGCUCAAGGUUUUGAAGAAAUCUAAAGAUCCAAAUAAGAUCAAUGAAAUAGAGGAGCACAUAUCUUGGAUUGAUAAACAGUUGAAGUCUAAUUCAGCCAAGAGACCUGAUGCAGAGAUAUUGAUGAAACACAAGAAGAAAGAGAGAGAAGCAGCAAGGCUAGGCAAACGUCCCUUUUAUCUCAAGAAAUCUGAAAUCCGGAAGCAAAGGCUUAUUGAAAAAUACAAUGAUCUCAAGUCUUCCGGAAAACUACAAGCAUUUAUUGAGAAAAGGAGGAAGAGGAAUGCUGCAAAGGAUCAUAGAUACAUGCCAUAUCGUAGAUCCAGUGAAAAUUUGGAAUAAGGUGGUUAUCUGUCAAGUUCUUUUUGCAUGUUUACAUCUGUGUGAAUUUUGUCCCCCACCAUAUGAUUGAGAACCCCUUGAUGAUUACUACCAUGAGAUGUACUGGGUGAGUGCCUACUUUUGUCUAUUGCAAGCAUUCAAAGAUUUUAACCGGUCAUCUUUUAUGUUAUAUCUUGAAAAAGGUCUUCAGUCUGGCACUGGUUUGGUGUUAGUUCCUUGGUGAAUUGUGAUACUAAGCACUGGUCUAAUAGUUGAAGUGUACCUAUCUUAA